ACGCUUUGUAAAAAUUAUUUAGGAACACACAUUCCUGUUAAAGCCCCAAAGAUUGGCUACAUGGAUUUCGUUAAUCGCAAGGGAUGGACAUCGAUGGUCAUGCAAGCUGUAGUUGACAACAAUUACUUGUUUAGAGACGUCAGCAUGAAAUUGCCAGGAAGUGUCCACGACGCGACGGUCUUUAAAGAAUCUGGAAUUUUCAAGAACCAUAGCCGAAUUAUUUCGGAAUUUGUAAAACUGAUGGGCAACAAAAAGAUUCCCUUCAUUAUCCUAAGAGAUCCUGCAUACCCAUUGCUACCGUGGCUUCUAAAACCAUAUACUGGAUACCUAACAGGAAGAGUCGUUCAACUGCUACCUUAGCUCGGGCAGAAUUGUAGUGGUGAAUGCCUUUGGUCGAUUGAUAGGACGCUGGAGGUGCCUGGCCAAAAGAGUAGAUACCGAUUAUAAACAUGAUAUGUACUUCAUAACUUCGUGGAAAUAAGAAAGCAGAAGUUUACGCCAAUCAACGAAUAUGAAAGUAACCAGCAACCACCAGACUGGCAUUGUAACCAAGUAUUGGAAUCUCCUGAAUGAGAUCCAUCUGAUCUUAGGGAACACAUUAAGGAAUACAUUGCAUCUAACUUUCCUUUGCGAAGCAGUUCAAUAUAAAAGAAAAUUGCA